AUGGUUUGGGAGUCUGCGCGCAUCCUUCAAAGCAAGGUCAAGCAUCAGGGCAGCCACCCCCGCGACAAAUUCAGUCUCGUCUCGGAGCGACUCAAAGCCAUUGACGCGGAGCUGGAGCCCGAAGCAGAAGCUGAGGCGCUAAGGUUUCUGGAGCUCCCUGUGGAGAAGGCAGGAGGCCGGCGGCGACGACUUCUGGCCCAACUUGGCGAAAACACCAAACAGAUGGACGUGUGGCUUCGCCGUCUGGAGAAUCGUGAGGCUCCUCGACCUCGGAUGGAGAGCCCACAGCCGUCUGAAUGUUACGAACCCCGGGUCGGAAGGCCACGAAGGCCCUUUCGCCGGGGCUUCGUCGUGCACGGCCCAGUGCGGAAAGGAUUUGGGCUCAGGCGACCGCCGAGGACGUGGGUGGAGAGUCAGUCAGUGUCCAACCAGGCAAACUCCUCCAUCGAGAAGCCGUUUGAGGAGCUACUUGAGGAGGCACGGUUCCAAGACGAGGAGGAGCUUCGAUAUCUUCCUGCCGAGGAGCGGGAAAUCGAGAGCCGACUCGCCGAAAGGGACGACGAGGAGUUGCUCCUCGCCGACUGGAAGCGACGCUGGUACGAGCAGGAGCGGGAGGAGCGGAGGCAAAGCGAACUGCAGCUUCCGACAGGUGAAAAGUCCUGCCACACGCCAUCCUUCGGGGAGGCCGCAGCAUCCGUUUCCUCGCCGCAAGCCAUCGGAACUAGCGAUGUUUCCUCAGAUGAGGCGGAGGAGUUUGAGGCGGAAGUGCGUAUGAUCGCAGCCGGCUGCGGCUUCGUGCAAGACGGCUCGCAGGAACUCUGCCGUCCGGUGGAGGAUGGCAGGGUGCGCCGGGUGGAAAGUGGGGGUCACACCCGCGAAGCACCGAGUGACCUUGGAGGAACCCAGAGGAACAAGGCCAUCGAUCGAUGCAAGGCAACGGGCUUCUGGCAUGGAGCAUUGGCGCUGUGCCAGGAAGUUCACCAACACCAGCUGCAGCCGACUAUCGUUACCUAUGGCACGGCUGUCAGCUCCUGUGAAAGGGGAUCCCAAUGGCCUUAUGCAAGGCACCUGCUGUCGCAGGCCGUUGGUGCAGAUCUAUCGGCUGAUGCCAUUACCUGGAAUUCGGUUCUCAGUGGCUGCGCUCGAUCUUCCGUUUGGGAGGAGGCGCCAAGGCUUUUGGAUCAGCUCCGAGCGGAGGGCGUGCAGCCAACCACCAUCACCUACAGUGCCGCCAUCAGCGCCCACGAAGCUAAAGGACUCUGGGAGACGGCGAUACACUAUUUGGAAGAAGCAGACAGCCGGAAUUUGCACCCGACCCUCGUCACGUGCGGGGUGGCCAUCAGCACCUGUGCAAAGGGCGCGUCCUGGCAGUGUGCCGUGGAGCUCCAGGCUAAAACGCAGCUGCAGAGGUUACCGCCAUCGGAAGUCAGUUGCAACUCGGCUCUCGCUGCUUACCAGCGAGCGGAUGACUGGCCCAGGUCGGUCUUGCUGCUGGCAGAGAUGCGGGCGCUUAACGCCAUGCCUUCGAUCAUCUCCUACAGCACUGCCGUCGCGGCUUGCACGCAGUCUGGAUGGUGGCAGGUUGCCUGCAGUUUGCUUGGCGAAGCUCGGGAAGACGACCUGGAUUUGAACGUCAUCAUCUUCAACUCCGCCAUUAGCGUGUGUGAGAAGGGGGAGGAGUGGCAAAGGGCGCUGAUGUUGCUGGAAGAGGCUUCGGACCUUAAGGUGCAGCUGGAUGUGAUCUCUUACAACUCGGCACUCAGCACAUGUGGCAAGGCCAUGGAGUGGCAAGCAGCACUAGGCCUUUGGACUCAACUGCAGCGGAAACGCUUGAAGCCCACGAUUGUCACAUUCAACUCCGCCAUCACAGCUUGUGAGCGAGCCGCCCUCUGGCAGCUGGCCCUCCACUUGCUGCAGGAGGCGGAUGCUGCGGGGCUCCAUAAGGACGGCAUCACCUUCAACUCAGCCGUCUCUGCAUGUGAGAAGGCGGGUCAAUGGCAGGUCGCCCUAUGUUUGCUGCAGCAAUCGGAGCACCAGCGGCUGCCCCGAUCCGCCACGGGUUUUAGUGCCGCCAUCAGCGCCUGCGCACGGGGCACAGAGUGGCAGGUUGCUCUGGCGUUGCUAAGCGAAGUUCAGAAAGCUGGUGUCGACGCCAUACUUCUCAGCGCCUCCAUCAGUGCCUGCGAUCGGGCCGCGGAGUGGCAGCGCGCGCUCCUCCUGCUUGGAGACUUCGAGGCAUAUCUGCUUCAACCGACAGCCGUCACCCUGGGUGCCGUCAUCAGCGCCUGUGCUAAGGCAGCAGAGUGGCGCCGUGCACUUGGCCUCGUCUCCGCAUCUCUGAGACAAAGACUCGCUGCCUCGAAGAUCGCGUACAGUGCAGCCAUCAGCGCCUGUGAAAAGGCAGCAGAGUGGCGCUCUGCAUUGCAACUGCUCUUCGACAUGGACUCUUCGAGGCUUCAGUGCGAUGUGAUCACCUACAAUGCAGCCAUCAGUGCUUGCGAGAAGGCCGGUCGAUGGCAGCAGGCUCUGUGGUUGAUGGCAGAAGCACACGAUAGCCAACUACAGCUCGACGUCAUCACAUUCAACUCUGCCAUCAGCGCCUGUGAGCGGGCCAUUGCAGAGGCAUCACGAGAACCACUCGGCUGA